AUGGUCAAACAGGGAAUUGAGUACGCUGGUGGCCAAGAGCAGGACUUCGACGCCGCAGAGAAAGGUCUGUACGACAGCACCGAGAGCCUAGCGGUGUUAGCACCUGUCCAUGAAGGCAGUACACCAAACUCGAGUGUACCAGUACUGUCCCUAUCAUGUCCAGCAGGAUUCAAGCCUCCUGCGGUACCCGAACCAGCAGCCGAACCAGCGCGACCGAAACAAAAGAUCAGUCGAUGGCUCCUCUUUACAAUCUGGUUCAACACGUACCGAAAGUUCUUCACCUUCGUCACCUUGUUCAACCUGGUUGGAAUAAUCAUGGCCUCACUCGGUCGCUUCCCUUACGCUGAGAAUCACCUCGGUGCUUUGGUGCUUGGCAACCUACUCUGCGCAAUUCUCAUGCGAAACGAGUUGUUCCUCCGGUUCUUAUACAUAAUUGCCAUCUAUGGCCUGCGAAGUGCAAGUCCCUUUCUCUACCAUUGGGCUCCAAUAUGUGUCAAGCUGGCAGUAACUUCGAUUUUGCAACAUGUCGGAGGUAUCCACUCAGGAUGCGGACUAUCUGGCGCUGGCUGGCUCGUAUUCAAAAUCGUCGGCAUCAUACGCUAUCGCGCCAUUCAGAAUAGCGCUGUGAUUGCCACUGGCCUGAUCACAAAUAUCCUGGUGAUAAUUUCUGUCCUGAGCGCAUUCCCAUGGGUUCGGAACUACCAUCAUAACGUAUUUGAGAAACACCAUCGCUUCAUUGGAUGGCUGGGCCUAGCUACCACCUGGUGCUUUGUCGUUUUAGGAGAUACCUACAACAUCAAAACUGGAGAAUGGAGGACAGACACCCAUUCCCUGCUCAGCGCACAGGAGCUCUGGUUUGCCGUGUUCAUGACAAUUUUUGUCCUUAUCCCUUGGGUCACCCUGCGAGAGGUCCCCGUGGAAGUUGAAAUCCCAUCGCCCAAAGUCGCCAUACUCCGUUUCGACCGAGGGAUGCAGCAAGGCCUCCUGGGUAGAAUCAGUCGCACCUCGAUCAUGGAGUACCACCCCUUUGGGAUUAUAAGCGAGAGCCGAACGUCUCCUUAUCAUUAUAUGAUCUGCGGUGUUCAGGGCGACUUUACGAAGAGUCUUGUUGUCGAUCCACCCAAGGCUGUCUGGACCAGAGAGCUGAAGUUCGCUGGUGUUGGACAUGCAUCCGCGAUGUUCAAAAGAGGAAUCCGCAUCUGCACUGGAACCGGUAUCGGGGCAGCGUUGUCCACCUGCAUCCAGAGCCCCAAUUGGUUCCUCAUUUGGAUAGGUUCUAAUCAAGAGAAAACCUUUGGGCCAACGAUAACGGGUUUGAUCCACAAACACAUCGAGCCCGAGAGAAUGAUUCUCUGGGACUCGAAGAAACGAGGAGGACGACCAGAUACUGUGAAACUGCUCAAAGAAACGUGGGAUAGCUUCGGAGCCGAGGUAAUCUUCAUUACCUCCAACAUGCAGGGCAAUGAUGAGAUGGUUCGAGGUUGCCGAGCAGCUGGAUUACACGCAUUCGGCACUCUGUGGGACUUUUGA